CGCUCAGCUGUGUGAAGGGUGUAUGUGUCGAGCAAAUAGACGAAGCCCUCUUCGAUCUUGACCUUCAAUUUGUUUAGGGGUCAGCCUUAAAUAGUCGAACAUCAAAAUUAUAACUAACCUUGCCAAUGUCUCAAGAGGCAUACCAAAGUAUUUGUGCUAUGAUUCAGAUAUUCAGAUAUCCUUGGUCUGAAUACUUGAGCUAGCUUUACCUAUGCCGCCCUGUGCCAAUAUACCCAGGUCUGUCCAAGUCCUUGCAGCACACAAAACAGUGGUGCCAAAUAAUAGAUAAGCAAACUGGAAUACCUGAUACAUAGAGCUAAUAGAAAUAGAGUAAGCUCGUCAAAUAGUUCUCAGACAAAUCGAAGGUCUCACGGAAAACACUAUAAAUAUCGAAUACGACAUCUGAAGUGAACAUAAAUCAAAAUACGUUAAAAACAAUGCAAAGCUCUGCGAAAGCCAAUAUUGAAAAGCUUUAAGUGCUUUAAGCUUCGGGCAGAGAAAGCUCGUGCUCUGUCCCUGCCCGCUGCACGGUGACGUGCGCUGAUAAGCGCCCAGCACUCAGUCGAUAAGACUGCGCCAAUGACGUCAAGGGUAAUACAAAUGUCUUAAUUAAAAGUAAAGAACUAGUUGAGUGGCUAGGCUAGGUAUAAACGGUUAAUACAGUGCUCACUGCUGUCAGUGUGUACUUAGACGGGCUACUAAUUGGGCCUUGAACAGGCCAACAGUCAACGGCCAACAGCCAAGAGCGAGUCAUGUCGAUGGUGUGGAUUGGUACCUUUAAGGUGGUCAUGAUAGUGGGCAUCACCUGGUUGGUGGUUAAGCGCUCUCUCUCUCUCCAUCCUUCUACAGGAACGCUUACAGUCGAAGAAGUCUACAAAGAUCGCGACCAGUUCGCUGCGCUUGUGCGCGAGGUAGCAGCACCUGAUGUCGGCCGCAUGGGCAUCGAGAUUCUGUCCUUUACCAUCAAGGACGUCUACGAUGAUGUGCAGUACUUGGCCUCGCUGGGCAAGGCGCAGACGGCGGUGGUUAAGCGGGACGCCGAUGCAGGCGUCGCUGAGGCCAAUCGCGAUGCUGGCAUCAGGGAAGCCGAGUGCGAGAAGAGCGCCAUGGAUGUGAAGUACUCGACGGACACGAAGAUCGAGGACAAUACGCGCAUGUACAAGCUGCAGAAGGCCAACUUCGAUCAGGAGAUCAACACGGCCAAGGCCGAGUCGCAGCUGGCCUACGAGCUGCAGGCGGCCAAGAUACGCCAGCGCAUCCGAAACGAGGAGAUCCAGAUUGACGUUGUCGAGCGUCGCAAGCAGAUCGAGAUCGAGUCGCAGGAAGUGCAGCGCAAGGAUCGCGAGCUCAUCGGCACCGUCAAGCUGCCCGCCGAGGCUGAAGCCUAUCGCGUCCAGACAAUCGCCCAGGGCAAACAGUGCCAGACCAUUGAGAGCGCCAGAGCCGAGGCGGAGCGUAUCCGUAAGAUCGGCGCGGCGGAAGCUCAUGCCAUCGAGCUGGUGGGCAAGGCGGAGGCGGAGCGCAUGCGAAUGAAGGCGAACGUCUACAAGCAGUACGGCGAUGCAGCUAUCAUGAACAUUGUGCUCGAGUCGCUGCCCAAGAUCGCUGCAGAGGUGGCUGCCCCAUUGGCCAAGACGGAUGAAAUUGUGCUCAUUGGCGGCAACGAUAAUCUGACCAACGAUGUGACACGCCUUGUGGCCCAGCUGCCGCCCUCGAUCAACGCGCUGACCGGAGUGGAUCUGUCCAAGGUGCUGUCCAAGAUACCCGGCGCCAAGGCGUGAAACCUAUUCGAAUGGGAUGUGCAGCAAAUGGCAAUGACAACGUAACCCCAAAAGGAAUUGCAACUGGAAAUGAAAGAAAGAGAAAGAUAAUGAAACACAGAGAAAGAGAGAGAGGGAGAGAGGGAGAGAGAGAGCUAAAGAAAAACGAGAACGAAAAAGAGAGAAGAAGAACGCAUUUGUUAGAGCGAGCUGGCGAGCGCAUUUGAAGAAUCAAUGGAAUCGAACGAUAAUCUCACAUAUAUAUAUAUACAGCGAUAUAUAUAUAUAGCAAAAUGUACUCCGAUAUUAUGUGUGUCAGUGUGUGUGCACAGCAGAAAACAGCAGAGGCCCCCGCCCCACCAGCAGAACUCCUGGGAAUAGUUUGAUAAAUCAAAUGAGAAAUCAGAUCAAACUAAAGCUAAAGCUAAAUAUAUACAACAAAAAAAAAAAAGAAAAUUAUGCAUUUCGCACGCAUUCGCAAACGCAUUUUGUGGCCUUUUCUCGAUAAAUAAGCAGAAAUUACCAAAAACAAAAAAAAUUAUACCAAAAAAAAAAAGAAAUAAGAAA